AUGUUGUGGACAGCGACAGGCUAUGUGCUUAGUGACAAUUGCCUGAACAAGCUGCAUCUCAACGCCUGUAUGUCUGCGUGUGAGCUCAAGGUUGACAAGCUCGUCAUCAACAUCUCGGUCGGUGAGUCGGGUGACCGUCUCACUCGUGCCACCAAGGUGUUGGAACAGCUGACGGGUCAGACGCCUGUUACGACUAAGGCCCGCUACACGCUGCGUGGCUUCGGUAUCCGUCGUAACGAAAAGAUUGCCUGCCACGUCACUGUUCGCGGUGCCAAGGCCGAGGAAAUUCUUGAGCGCGGUCUGAAGGUUAAGGAGUACGAGUUGCAGAAGCGCAACUUCUCCGACACGGGUAACUUUGGUUUCGGUAUUACGGAGCACAUUGACUUGGGUAUCAAGUACGACCCAGGUAUUGGUAUUUUCGGUAUGGACUUUUAUGUCUGCAUGACUCGUCCAGGUGUGCGUGUGUCCCGCCGCAAGAACCGCCAGUCUCGUGUUGGUGCUCCACACCGUGUGCGUAAGGAGGAGACGGCUGCUUGGUUCAAGCAGCGCUUCGAUGGUAUCAUUCUGCAGUAA